GUCAUUUGUGUUUUCCCUGUCGUGUUUGGAUGUUUUUAUUGUGUUCUUUAAAAGACGUUUUUAUUUCUCCUGUAAUUGUUUAAAGUGUAUUAGUGAACUGUAGUAAGUGUGCCUAAAUCUAUUUUUACUUAUUAAAUAAAAAAUGAACGGGAUGCUUUUUUCGAUCCCCACUGAUCGAGCAGAUCUUCUGGACGUGAGUGGUAGAAACUACUCAGUGAAACAUGUUGUGGUUCCAUCUGAAAUCGUCAAAAAACUAGAAGAGGCCCACACAAGUCUUCGCGAAGAAGGCCCAUACUUCAUUUUGGACAAUUUCGAUACCUAUUACUCUAUUUUACAUCAAGACAGUAAAGUACGUUUGGACAUAAUUCAGAAAGCCUUCAACAGUUUACUUAAAGCGGUCAAAGAGCUCAACAACACGAUUCUCUUCUUACUCGAAGAUCCAGAAAACUUAAGUGAAGAAUCAAAAUUGAAAAUGGUCAACACCCUAAAGAUGCUGACCUACAUUUUCGUUCAAUUCGUUUUAAAUUUAGAAGAAAAAAGUAAAAAAAAACAAGGCGACUUGCUCGGUAAAGGUAAAAAGGAGAAUAAAAGUGACAACUCCGGAAUAAAUAAAUCCGAAAUUUUGAACGCAUUGAAUAAUAUAAUCCAAAGACCGAUAAAUACCCUCUGGGAACCACCGAUUGUAGAACAUGAUUAUAUCGGUUUGUUGAGCGAAUUGUGUUUUGUUCUUUUACAAAAUCCUUCUAUAAAGCAGGAGAAACAGGUGGUAAUGGAUAUUUUUGGAAUAUUUGGUAAUCUAGUAAAAUCGUACAAUUACGGUGAGACAUUUGUUGCGCGAAUGAUAAGAAAUAUAUGUACGUACGAACACGUGGUGCACUGUGUUCCCGAAGGCAUCAAAAUGAUAAUUGAACAGUUUAAUUGUCAAUUAUUGGUCCACCAUCUCGUAAAGGAGGCAACCGAAUGGCAAGCGGACGAAACGAUUCAAGAUGUUCAAGGCACUCGUUGUUGUUCCAUUUUUCUCACAGAGUUGGCUAUGGUAGUCCCCAAUUUAAUUCUUCCCGAAUUGGAAAAUCUCAAUCGAUAUCUAGCACACGACUCAGUUCCUCUCCGUCAAGCCGUUUUGAACGUCAUAACUGAAAUCAUUCUGAACGUUUUAACAAAACACAAUUUAAGCGACCAGGAAAAGGAAUCACGCGAUGAAUGUUUUGAUACUUUAAUUGAACACAUUUUGGACAAUUCGGCCGUAAUUCGAGCCAAAGUUAUACAACAUUUGGCCAAACUUCAGAAGGAGAAUGCUAUACCUUUGGCCUUUCAAAAUGAGGUUUUGAGUAAAGUUAUUAAACAUUUGUUGGAUAAAUCAGCAGCGGUUAGGAAAUGUGCAGUCAACUGUGUUACGACUUUUUUGGAACACAAUCCAUUCGGAGCAAACCUUCAAUUGACGAAAGCUGAAGAACAGUUGGCUAAAAAAAGGGAAUUGUUGAGCAAGAUGGAAUCAGCUUACAAAGAACAGCUUUUGAUGAAAGUACAACAGUUGGAAACUGAAUGGGCGGAGAUAGAAAAUGAUGUAUUAAAAGUGGUGGAGGAAGAGUUGAAGAGAAUAGACGAUGAGGAUGAAGAAGGUGACGAUGAGGAUGAGGGGACUGAACGAGCACCAGUGAUUGAAACUGAACAGGAUGUGGAACAUCUUCAGUCUCUCUUGCAUGAGAAAAAGUACGCUGAAGCUUUCCAAUUGUGCCACCGGUUCAAAAACAACAUUGCCGAAUGUCGAAAUGUGUUAAAAUCGAACGAAGAUCGAGUCAAACUCUACAUGACUCUUCUGCAUUCAUUUUAUAUCAACACUGUUAAAUUUGUGACAGAAUUACAAACUGGAGCCGGGAUGAAAGAAGAAGAUGUUCAAAAAAUUAAAACUCUGGAAGGUGUCAUUAAAUAUUUUGAAGACACGGUGGACUUUUUAAGAGUAGCUUAUUCGGCCAUUGAACCAAUGAAAACACUGCUUUUUUCACAAACGAUGAGUGAUUCUAAUGAAGCCAUUAAUUUUUUUAUUACGGCCUAUCAUUUUCAAAUUGACAAUGCGUCCGAGGGGAUUUUAGAAAUGUUAAAGAUGAUGCGUUGUAAUGAACAAGACCGUAAAACUGCAGUCAUUGAGGCAUUCAAAACUAUAUAUUUGGUGACUGAUACUAGGAGUAUGGCCGAGCACACUACGACCAUUUUGAACCGUCUUUUUGCACUGAUGAGGGCUUUAACCUAUGACAGUUUGGAUGACUUCCAAAGUGUUGUCUCGGAAUGGACUUCUAAAGGUAUUUUGGACAACGCCGUCAUCGAUAGAUGUUGGCAAUUCUACACUCAACGUGAACAAGUCUCCGAUGAUGAUGCUCGAGCAGCGGCCGAAUUACUCCGAAUGGCUGCGAUGGGUAGAAGCACGAUAAUAUCAAAAAACAUCAAUGUUGUUUCAAAAAUCGCAUUCAGCGAUAUCCAUAAGGACGAUAUGUUGUUUUUGGCAAGCUCAUGUCGUCUCUUGGCGGUUGCGGGUUUAGAUAAAAUUGAUAUACAAAGUAAAAAUACACCAUUCAGAAUCAAACAAACAGAUGAAAUAUUUCAACAGUUAUCAGAUACUUUAAUCGAGAAUUUUUUCAAAAAUUUACCGUAUUAUUCGGAGGCUAUGCAAGCGGGUAUUGAUUUUAUUUUCCGACUGUGUUCUAAACCGAUGGAAAUUCUCGAGAAAAUGCUUAAAGAAAUCGAUCAACGAUUCAGAAAGCGUUCAAAAGAAUUGGUUUUAAUUAUUAGAUUGCUUGAAUUGUUGGGAUGUGUAGCCGUGAAAUUUUUGGAGUAUUUGGAUAACAGCGUGCACCGAGAAUUGAAAAGAAGAAACUUUCUAAGAGAAGAGCGCAAAAAGUCCAACAAAAAAAACACUAGGAAAGUUAAAAGACAAAGUUCACUACUCGACACUAGUGCUACAAGCGAAUCUAGUCUGAAUGGAAGUAUUUUAAUGGGAGCCGAUGCUGAAGAUGUCGACACGGAAUACAUCAUUUCGGUUUUAGAAAAUGAUGUGGUCUCCACGAAAGGUGUUUUAGGCCAAUAUGCUGCUUUCAUAUUGAAGAUCUGUCAAAGGCCGGAUUUUUACAGCAAUAUUUUAUUGCAGAUGGUUGCAGUAACAGCUCUUAUGAGGUACAUGUUGGUUUCGAGUAGCUUUUGCUCUGCCAACAUUCAGUUGUUAUUUACGAUUCUGGCAAAAACGAAUUAUUCCGAUAUCAAAUCCACGAUUUUGCUCCACUGCGUCGAUUUAUUGACGAGAUUUCCGAAUAUCGUCGAUCCGUGGAGUCCACGACUUUACGAAAUGUUGAAAGAUCGCCUAGUUGAAGUGAGGAAAAAAGCAUUUUUCUCACUAUCAAAUUUAAUCCUGAGAAACAUGAUCAGAGCAUCCAGCCGCAUAUCGGAGAUGGCGGCUUGCUUGAUCGACCCGGAUCCGGAAGUUAAUGAAAUAUGUCAGACCUUUUUUAAAAAAAUUGCUCAAAAAGAUAACAAUAAUCUCGUUAAUAUCAUUCCCGAUAUCUUCACUUAUUUGGUCAAACAAGAGGAGAUCAGUGAAGAAGAACUAAGAUAUGUUUUGAAAUAUUUGUUCGAUUUGGUGGACGCGCCUAAACGGUUGGAAAACUUGGUCGACCGUUUUUGUCACAAAUACACGCCAGAUGAAAACUUUAGACUCAACCGAAACAUAACUUACUGCCUGUCUUUAGUUAAUUAUAACGACAAAGCUUUGAGAAAAUUACGAGAUAUGUUCCCCUGUUAUCGGCACAAUUUGACUGAUAAAGAAAUUUACUCGAUCUUUAAACAAAUAUUGAAUGAAUGCAAUAAGACAAAAGCCGGCAGAGCUGAUUUAAGGCCGAUUGUUACGGAGUUAGAGAACUGUAUUGCGUCCGUUUUCGAAAUAAACGAAAACGGACAACCCGCUAAACCACCAACGGUUACAAAGUCAGCAAGAAAAAAAAACAACAGAGCUAAAAGGGCGAGAAAAGUGCAGUCUGAUAGUGAUGACGACUCGGGGGAAGAUUCUUUACCUAAAAAGACAAAAAACAGCAAAAGAACAGCAAGAAACAGAAGGAAUUCUGAAGAGUGAUAUGCAAAUUUAUCGUUUUUAAUAAAAAGAAUCUUAUUCUUUAAAUAA